AUGGCUUCCAAUGCAAACCCUCGAGGCCAUCAUAUGCCACUGUCUCAAACGACUCGUCUCGAGGCGUUCCGCUCUGUACUGAAGGGUGUUCCGUCUGACUCCACCUGGCCACGAGACGAUUUUCGGAUUUCCGAACUUAUCCAUGACGGCAAGGUCAGAGAAGUUCACGAUGACUGGGAUUCUCCAGACAAGGAAGCCACCCAAUGGAGGCGUGAAAAAGUUGCCGAAGGUUUGGAUCGUGGUUCGGAUUGUAUAGAGGUCAAUAGCCUGGACGUCAGCAGUCUUCUGGAAGAGCUUAAAGAGAGGAUCGAAGCCUUGGAAUCCAGUAUGGAGGAACAAGAGCGGUGGAAUGAAGAGGUAAAUCAGGCUGUGGAUCGGCUCUAUUCUUUGCAGCAUCCGACAGGAACAACUUUGGGGAGGAAAGCGGCCCGUUGA